AUGUUCAUUACUUUGCACACUUGAAACAUGUUCACAUCGUUACACUAAAAAACGUAAAAAACUCAAAUAAAAAUUAAAUACUUAAACAAAAAACCAUUUAAAAAAACAACAUUAUAAACAGUUCAUUAAAUCUUCGUUUGGACUUUCGCACACUUGUUUCGCUCACAAAAAUAAUAAUGUCCAAACGCCGCGAUGUCGAUCCCCAUAAGCGGGAUAUGCGAUCACGCUUCAAGCGUUUGGUACGCGCCGUCAUGAUCAACAGACAAUGGCUCGAUGAGCCCGAUGAACAGGCGCAGGGCAUCUCAAUGAACGUGAAGAAGAAUCUCGCCUUUCUGGUCCGUCAAAAGCGCAAAACGGGCAUUCUAACUGUGGCGGAGAAAGCACUGCUGCGCUCUCCAGCCUACGCUCGCACUGUGGAAGAGCGCAAGAAAUUGUGCAUGAUUGUGGCAGGUUUAACCUGUUUCUCGCGAAUUCCGCCGAAAUUGCGAGCUCGCUUGGUGCCCGUGAUCAAGUUUAUGACAGUUGGCGCUGAUCGCAUACUGAUGAAAGAACAUGAUUUUCCCCUCUAUAUAUAUUUUGUGAUUUCCGGGGAAAUCGAAAUGAGAAAAACCCUCUACGACAAGGCCACAAAGAAAACUACAAUGAUAUCGGAAGCGAUUGUGGGACCUGGAGAUUGGAUUGGCGACGUGGAACUGCUCGAAAAUUGUAGCAGACUCAACACUUAUGUGACGAUAUCGUCUUGCGAGUUGCUGUGCAUAACUGAGUUGGAGUUUAGAACAAUUUUGGGACCCUUUGCUCGAAAACAAUGGGCGGACAAGAAGACAGCCUUAAAAACGCUCAACUACUUUGAUUUCUUCACCGAGGAACAGAUUGUUCGCGCCUGCAGCUAUGGACUUUUAAUACAAUACGAUCCCUUGCAGUUUAUAUAUUCGGAUAAUCGAGGCGCUGUUAGCUAUGUUCAUUUCAUACUCAGUGGCGAGUGCACCAUACUACAGUGCCUCAAAAUGCGAGUGCUGCGAAAUGUGGGCAAAAUCACCUACGAUUUGGUUAAAGUGAACAAUGCGGAUGGCUUUGAUCUUGAUGCGAAGACGAGCAAAACUCGCUUACGUGACUCGGAAGUCGAAGUAUCGAAUUCCGAUUUUAAUCUCGACGAUUUGUUGGCCUCCACGGAUUCACAAGAUGCGGAAACGUUGCAGGAGAAGAAAGCGAAACGCAAAAUUGGACUGCGAGAGGUGGAAAUUGCCUGUGGCUAUGGUGGAAUUCAGUUGAAAAGGAAAAUUCAUCGCAACCCGCGACGAACUGUUUUGAGACGUCGCACAACUUAUGUGGCAAGAAGAUUGACAAGUUUUGGAAAGACGACUUCAUCGACGGCUCGCGCCAGUUCAAUGCAUGGCGAUGAUGAUGAGGAUUACUUUCCCGAGGACGCGGAGGAUGAGUACGAUUACAUUCCAGAGGAUUAUUUCGUCGAAGAGGAAAUCUCCGUUGAGGAGACGCCGACGACUGAGAGAACAACAAUGAAAUCGAUGAUAUCAUCGAAUCGAAGCACAGCGCGCUCAACGCUCAAAUCACUUCGACAAUCGGAGGGGAAUGUGCUGCGUGUUGAAACCGAUGAUUCGAUGAAUCAGAAUACACCGCGUGACACGUACAUUUCACCCACAGUCAAUGUAGUCCCGGAAACUGAGACGCGUUUUGUGGACGUUGGUUCUCUGACUUAUGGCGGAAUUUUUGGCCUAGGCGAGACGAUAGUUCAUCGCGUUAUCAUGGCACGCACAGUGGUUCAAUGCAUGCUCUUGCCACGCUUCUGGCUAAUGGAGCCGGAUCAAAAUCCGGGACAUAUCUGGAAACGUCGCAAAUUCUAUUUGGAGGGUUGUGUCCCGUCGCGUGAGGAACUCUUUGGCAAUUUCCUCAAGACGCGACGUUGGGAGAAAUUUAAGCAUGAUUAUGUGCAAAGCACACUCAAUCCGAAUAGCGUGAAUAGCACACAACCCGAAGAUAUACCCAUCAUUAGUCGUAUUGUCGAGACCAGAGAUGAUAUUUAGUGAGCAGUGUGCGAAAUCUUGAAAUUUGUUGUGUACAAAAAAAAGAUAAAAGAAGAAGAAAUAAAAAAAAAAUUGAAAGAAAUACAGAGAUUGAAGAGGAUAUUGUUUUGGAAGAACUUGCUCAAAUUUGUUGAACUCUUCUGUGCGACGUUUAAGAAGUGAAAAAUGUUGAAGUGGAAAUCAUCAGGAAUACAAAAAUUGAUACGCUAUUAAUCAAGCCCUAAAUAUUCAACUUUUGAACUGCUAAUGGUGGAUCAAGAGAACAUUCACUCGAUGCGAUGUAUGCAACUGAAAGUUGACUCCCCAUGAUUUGUUUACAAUUCCGCAUUUAUUUGCUGUGCAAGUGACUCGUCGUAAUUUCUAAUCAAA